AUGCGAACAACAAAAGGUUUCAGAUUGAAAAUCAAGCUUCCCAACAUCUUCAAACGGAGAACCACCUCCAACCCUUUUUCCAAGCUCUUCGCCCUCGCUACGGCGUCGUUUUCUCGCCGGAAUGCGUACUCCCGGCUGAACCGGGUCCGUAACGGACCGGAAGCGGCGGCGCCGAAGGGGUAUUUGGCCGUGCACGUCGGUGGACUGGAGGAUGAAAGGGAGAGACAUCUUGUGCCGCUGAUUUACUUCAACCAUCCGAUGUUCGGGAAAUUGCUGCAGGCGGCGGAGAGGAUUUAUGGGUUUCAGUAUCCGGGUCGGAUCGUCAUUCCGGUUGAUGUGUCGGAGUUUGAGGAGGUUACCAAUUGCAUUGCUACGGCGGAGUACGGCUGCCGCAACCGUCGUAGCGGUGGCUACCGGUGGCGGAGCUGUGGAAAGUAG